AUGAGUCAUAGUUUGCAGAGCUCCGCACCGCUCACCCAGAGGUUUCAGCCAAUGACAAUAGUGGGUCUGGGGCCUGAGUGGCUUCAGCAUUGCCCCGAUGUCAUGGACAAAGAGAGAGAGAGAGACAGGGAGAAAGAUAAACUUUCUCCUACACCAUCUCUUCCAGACAAAAAACUUGAAGUCAAGUUGUCAGCUAUGCCAUGGUUCCAUGGCAAAAUCUCUCGGGAACAGGCGGAACAGCUGUUGCAGCCGAAACAGGACGGACUGUUCCUCGUCCACGAGUCGACCAACUUCCCGGGUGACUACACACUGUGCGUCUGCUUCCAGGGCAAGGUCGAGCACUAUCGAGUCAAAUACAAGAGCAAUCAACUCACCAUCGACGACGAGGAGUUCUUCGAGAAUCUGGCACAACUUGUUGAGCAUUACGAGCAAGAUGCCGAUGGACUUUGUACACAACUUGUGAAAUGUUUACCGAAGAAAGGUAAACAGGACUUCUGUAUAGACACGAAAAAGUUUGUGGAAGCUGGAUGGGUGAUACAUGAAUUGUUCGACAAAAUGGCCGCCUACAAUGUGGAGCAUCUGGCCCGCAUUGAGAAGGAACACGAGAACAGUGUCGUUGAGGAGGGAUCCAGUGUUCUGCAACCGAGUCUUGACGCCUGGUAA